AUGGUUUUAGUGAAUACAGUUCGCAUAAUGGCAUCGUUUGCGGCUCAGGCUGCAUUACGAUCUCGGUGGAGUUCAUUAAUUGAAUCUACGAGUGUCGAUGUGCCGGGGGAAGUGACCGAUGGUGUCCGAUCCGUUGUUGGAUGGCUCAAACAGGCACGAGUUGAUGUUGCGUCUUUGGAAGUGCGUCAAGUGGGCAGAAGAGCAGUGAGCUCGAUAGCUGGUAGAGGAAUGGCUGACGACGUUGUAAUAGUACAUUUCAACGAUGUAUAUAACAUCGAACAAACUACCAAUACUGAACCUGUUGGUGGUGCUCUUCGCUUCAGCACAGCGGUAAAAGCCUUACAGCAUCUCAAUCCCCUGGUACUCUUUAGUGGGGAUGCUUUCUCACCUAGCAUGUUAAGCACGUUCACAAAAGGCGAACAAAUGGUGCCAGUACUGAACGAAAUAGGAACUCAUUGUGCCGUAUUUGGCAACCAUGAUUUUGAUUUCGGUCUAGACGUGCUAUCUAACCUGGUAUCACAAUGUAACUUCCCCUGGCUGAUGUCGAAUGUUAUAGACAACGAAACUGGGAGACCAUUGGGUGAUGGGAAGAUCACUCACGCUCUGAUGUGCAAUGGACAUAAAAUUGGAAUGAUCGGACUUGUAGAACAGGAGUGGUUGGAAACUUUAGCAACGAUUAACCCAGAAGAAGUAACAUUUAUAGAUUUCUUACAAGCUGGAUCAAAAUUGGCGUCGCAACUUAAACAAGAGGGUUGUGAAUACGUGAUAGCGCUAACUCAUAUGCGGACUCCGAAUGACAUCAAACUUGCUGAAGGCUGUACGGACAUUGACCUUAUUUUGGGGGGACAUGACCAUGUCUAUGAAGUUUUGGAGAUAAACAACAAAUACAUAGUCAAAAGCGGCACCGAUUUCCGUCAGUUUAGCAAAAUUAAUAUAAACUUCGGCGCAGAGAAUAUCAAAGUCGACAUCUCAGAUGUUAAAGUCACCAGCAAUAUAGCUGAAGAUCCCGUACUAAAAGGAAAAGUCGAGAAAUACAGUACUAUGAUAGACGGCAAGAUGGAUGAAGUUCUUGGCAAGUUUUGUGUUCCUCUAGAAGGAAGGUUUUCUGUAGUGAGACGUCAAGAGUGUAAUUUAGGGAAUUGGGUGUGCGAUGUUCUUCUAGCAGCUACUGGGGCUGACCUCUUAUUGCUCAAUAGCGGUACUUUCAGAUCUGAUCAGGUCCAUCCGGCUGGAGAUUUUACUCUUAGAGAUCUAUCUACAAUAAUACCGAUGAGAGAUCCGCUGGUUGUAGUGGAAGCGUCUGGAGAGACCGUGAUAAAGGUUCUAGAAAAUGCAGUCUCCAAAUACCCAAGUCUGGAAGGAAGAUUUCCGCAGGUAGCCGGAAUAUCUUUUGCUUUUGACCCAUCAAAACCUCCAGGUCAAAGGAUCGCUCAAGAGGUGAUAAAAAUUGGAGAUGAAUAUCUACAGAAGGACCAGAAAUACAGAUUAGCAAUAAAGCAAUAUCUGCACGAAGGGAAUGACGGAUUUAGCAUGCUGAAGGAUUGUCCCAUUCUGGUUUCAGAAGAUAUGUGUCCAGAGGUUGGCAUGGCCAUUCAGAAUCACUUCCAAGCUAUUAACGUCCGCACUGGCCGCGCUCGUCCUUCCAAACAUAGACAGUCACUCGUCACUCUUAGUAGACGGCAUAGUCUAGUCAAAAUGUUGGACAACAGCGAGUUGGAUGGACCUCCGCCUCUAAGAAGAGCAUCAUCAGUAGCAGUAGAACCAUCGCACAACACACAUCACAGACUCACCCGUCGAGCUUCUUUGGACGACCUCGAACAGAACGCAUGCGAAUUAGCACCGAAAGUUGAAAACAGGAUUAUAAUACUCACUAAACCCGAAAAAUUACAAGAACUUCUUGCUGAGAAAGCCCGUUGGGAAUCUGACUCCGUCAUCAAAGAAGUUGACGAUGAAAGUUCACCUUAG